AUGGCAGACUGGCUGGAACACUACUACGGAGCCAAGAUCGAACUAGUUCAAGUCGACCCCAACAGCCCCUUCGAUUUCGAGCGAGUCCGAACCAACGAACUAAAAGCCGCGCGCUUCGAGCUAUAUUACUUCUACGACCCACGCGAUCGCUUCUACGUCUGGGUUCGACACGUCCAACGAGUAUACUACGAACCCGUACUAGACUUUGAAUUCCUAAACACCCCACUGAGGGCACGACACAUCGAUCUUGUGCAGAUUCCCCCCGAAGAAGCUGCUCCUCCGCUCGAACCAUUUUGGAGAAAAUGCCAAAACAGUUUGCUUCCCAAUAUCCUCAAGUAUUCUCGCUUCGAGCUGCUGUACUGCCAGGACCCUGAUGAUCCUGCGUAUACAUUGUGUCAUGGCACUUAUCGAAUUGAUUAUCCGACUCCGCCUAAGCCGGAUGUUGAACCUAUUCCCAUUCCCAUCCUUCCAACUACUCCGAGUGGUCAUGGUGGACGGCCGAUAAAAUAUACCCAGGUCGUGACGCCUACCAAGAAAACGAGUGCUACCAAGAGGAAUACACCUAUCAACAAACCCUCAUCUGCCAAAAAACCCUCAUCAUCCAAAAGAUCCACACCUAUCAAAAAGGCCACACCCAUCAAAAAGCCUUCAUCUGCUAAAACCCCCUCAUCCACCAAAAAAUCCACAUCCGUCAAAAAAAGAUCCCAAUCCUCACCAAGCCAAAACACCGACCCCCCCUCUAUCCCAAGACCAAACCCAAACACCACAAACGCAGCAACCCAACUGUUAUCGAUGGGUAAGCCCGCCGCAAACAGGCAAAGUAUCGAGUUUCUACUGAAUGCCUCUACAGCGCCGCAGCCGACGCCGCCUAGACAGAUACCCAUGCAUACAGUGCGUCGAGCUCAAAACCAACCUGAACCUGAACCGGAUGCGAAGAGGCAGAAGAUUAUGCGGGGGCCUUGGUAG